GUCCGCUGCUCCGCCUCCGCUGGGCUGGCUUCCGGCCUCCGGGGGCUGGGUACCGCCCGCGCCCAGUCGCUCUCCCCGUCGCUGGACGUGGCGGGCCGGCCGGCGGGCGGCCGGGGUCGGCGGUCGCCAUUCCCGUGUCGCUGCGCCCGCGGGGGCCGCCCGAGCCGGCCACCAUGCCCCUGGGCCUGAAGCCCACCUGCAGCGUCUGCAAGACCACGUCGUCGUCCAUGUGGAAGAAGAGCCCGCAGGGGGACAUCCUCUGCCUCCACUGCUCGGGCCGGGGCGGCGGGGGCGCGGGCUCCGGGGCCGCCGGCGGGACCGGGGGCAGCGGCCUCAGCGGCGGCGGCGGCGGCGGCGGCGGCGCGGGCCUCGGGGCGGCCACCUUCCCCAGCACCUCGGCCGCCCCUUCGCAGAGCAACGGGGGCGGGGGCGGCAAGCAGCAGAGUAAGCAGGAAAUUCACAGGAGGUCUGCUCGGCUCAGAAACACCAAGUACAAAUCUGCUCCAGCUGCUGAGAAGAAAGUUUCCACCAAAGGAAAAGGGAGAAGACAUAUUUUUAAAUUAAAAAAUCCAAUCAAAGCACCUGAGUCAGUUUCCACCAUAAUCACUGCAGAAUCAAUCUUCUACAAGGGGGUAUAUUACCAAAUUGGAGAUGUUGUUUCUGUGAUUGAUGAGCAAGAUGGAAAAUCCUACUAUGCUCAGAUCAGGGGUUUUAUCCAGGACCAGUACUGUGAGAAGAGCGCAGCACUGACCUGGCUCAUUCCCACUCUUUCUAGCCCCGCGGACCGAUUCGAUCCUGCAUCCUACAUCAUAGGACCAGAGGAGGAUCUUCCCAGGAAGAUGGAAUACUUGGAGUUUGUUUGUCAUGCACCCUCUGAAUAUUUCAAGUCACUUUCAUCACCCUUUCCCACAAUUCCCACCAGACCAGAAAAGGGCUAUAUAUGGACUCAUGUUGGACCUACUCCUGCAAUAACUAUUAAGGAAACAGUUGCCAACCAUUUGUAGUUUAAAAAGUAAAACUGGAUUUCCAGUUGUCGUCUGUUCAUACUACUACAAGAUAUGUCACAUGUUCAUUUAAUGAAAUUCUUAGAUGGAAAAAUGACUAAAAAGUUUUUUCUUACCACACAAUAAUUAGUUUAUUUAUUACUAGUCACUGGAAAACAAAAAAGGAUAGGAAAGAAUUAAACAUAUUUUGAAGUUAAAUGUUACAAUCUUGUAUUGGGUAUCUUCCCAAGGACUAUUAGAAACAUAGUGUCUAUUUUUUUAUCCAUAAUUUAUUUCUAGAAACUCAUAAAAUGGAUUUUAUUUUUCUAUAAGGACAAAUAUGAAUUAAGGUUUGGAUUUCUGAUGAAGGACUUAACUCAAUAAAAUGUAGCUAUGACCAGUUUAUUUGUCACAAAGUUACACAGACUUUUAUAUAGGAAGUGCCAUUGCAGAUUGCUGGCUGUUUUAACCUGAAAAAAAGUGAUUGGUGGAUAAUUUUAUUAGCCCAGGCCAUUCAAAUUUGCAUCUAAUUCUUCUGUAGCAAAGAGGGAUUCAGAAUCAUUUUGUUGAUCUUACUAUCACUUAUCAGUCAAAACAAGCCUUUCAGUGAAACCAUAAAAUUUUAUAAUGCAGACAGUUAACUUCACUAAAAGCACACGGGAACAUUGACAGUUGAGGUACUCCACUUGGUCAUUUCUUGACUACCAUUAGAACAACUGUUAGUCGUAAAAAUGAUUAAUAGGUCAACUAUAAUUGGAAAUUGUAAAAAAAAAUUUGUAAUUAAAAAAUAAAGGUUUAAUAGACCAUCAGCAUUAAUAUCUGAAAAAGUCAAAGUUAAACCACCUGCUGUAAACUCAUAAUAAUGGGCUUAAAGCAGUACCGUGGAUUUAGAAGGCCUGUUGUUUAUGAAAUUCCCCAGAAUUCAGGUGUCAGUUUACUUCAAGUGCAACUCAGUUAAGUCAGGGUGCGACCGUAUGAAGAUGGGAAGAAGAGAUUGUACACACUUGCCUUCUCUUCUGACUUAGCAUUUUUUAACGCAGGAGAAUUUGUCAGGACCUGAUUUAAUCAGUGAUUUUGAACUGUAGCAUUUUUAACCGUUAUCCCCUUAUACCCAGUUACCAUUUGUGUGUUAGAAAGAAGCAGCUGGAGAUAGUUUUAUGUCCAUAGUUAGCUCUCUGUUAUCUUUCUGUUCACAAAAAUUAUGGUAAAAUUGAUUGUAAAUCCCAUUGUAAAUAACUAUCUAAAUGCUAAUGUUCAAUGUAUUUUAAAUGUAUUAAAAUGUGUUUUAAAAAACACAUUUUAAUACAAUGUAUAUUUCACUAUGUAUUUUCCACAAUGUAUUAAAAUGUAUUUUUAAAAU